AUGAAGCUCCUAUCACUGGUCCUCUUUCCCCUGCAGUGCUUGUUUGUAUGCUUCCGUCAUCGAAAACCGCAGCAGCGAAUCCAAGGUCCCGUCGCCGAACCCGAGGACAUCCCUGAGGAUGAACGCCCCUUUAUUGCUGCCCCAGUGGUGAUAAGAGACAGCAAAGGACUGUGUCCUCCGAGUAUGUGCCGAGAAGCGUCGACCGCCAGCUCCAGAUCCGUGCAAACCGAGCCUGACUAUAAACAACUAAACCCCGCAUUGACGCAUCUGCGAAAUAGUCUGCGAGAAGCAGUCCUAGAGUGUCCCGUUGAUGGAUACAAACUAUUCAUACCAACGUUAACUCUCAAGCGACUUAUAGACGAGGACACGGUGCGCUCGAUCCUCAAAGAAGGCAGUCUUUUAGCCCUCGAUCGGAUAGAGGAAACAACCCGACAUAUCCUCCAACAUUCUCGAAAACUAUUCGCUAUCUUAGUCGAUCGCGAUAAGACUUGUUGUAUAAGUGACUUCUUGGAAGAGGGAAUAGAUGACGAAGACUUGCCUUUUAUUAGACGGUCUAGCGUUGGAGAACAGACCUUGACGUUGGAGACCAGUCAACGCCGGCGCAUAAAGACUUUCGAAAGUUGGGACCGCGAAUCUCUCAAGACGUUUGAAAACGAGCAGUACCGCAUGCUGGCGCCACUACUGGAGGUCAAAACACACCACGAAUUUACCGAGCUUCAGACCCUCCCUUAUAUUGCAUUGAGCACGGCGGAUCCUCAGGAAGACACCAGUGCGGAGGGCGGAUAUGGCGAAGUCUUUCAGGCAUGUAUCCAUCCCGACCACCACAAUUUCUGGGAGUACCCCACAUACAAGGGCCAAGGACUACUGGUCGCAGUCAAAAGGCUUUACUCCUCCCAAGAGUCUUCCUUCACGGCCGAGAGACAGUUCCACGAAGCAUUGGGAACCAACCAUCCCCAUGUGCAUGUCAUUGACCUGCUCUUCACCUAUAAAAAAGGAGGCAAAUAUCACCUGGUGUUCCCAUGGGCAGACGGGAGCCUUCGAAAAUACUGGCAAGGGAGACCGACGCCCCCUUUCGACGUGCGAACACUGUUGUGGUCUUUGAAGCAGAUGGCAGGGGUCGCCAGUGGCCUCUCUUUAAUCCAUCAGUUCAACGAUGGCACACUCUUCGGGCGCCAUGGUGAUAUAAAGGCCGACAAUAUCCUUUGGUUUGCGCGUCUGCAAGAUUAUGAUGACGAGGAUGGCAUCUUGCAAAUCGCCGACAUGGGAUUGGCCAGUGUCCAUCGUCUGGGAUCUCGAUCCAACGUGAACCCUGCAUCUAUUACCGUUCCCUCCACAUAUUCUCCGCCCGAUGCAUUUCGAGGGAGACGGAUAUCUCGAGCAUGGGAUAUGUGGAGUCUGGGAUGCAUGUACCUCGAGUUCGUCACCUGGAUCGUGCUCGGCUAUGAAGCCAUCGAAGACUUUGCCAACUGGAGAGGCAACGACGAUGACAACCUGGAGUUCAGCUCCGACUGCUUCUACAUGACUGACCAUCAAGGAAUCCGAACGUCGGUUUUCGAAUGGGUUGAUCACCUGAGAAGCCAGGAGAGAUGCUCCGCAGUCAUUCACGAUCUGUUGGACUUGAUCAUGGGCGACAUGAUCGUCCUGGAACCUCAGCUGCGCAGUUCGUCGCAGAGCGUCUGGCAAAAGCUGAACGAAAUUUUCAGGACUGCUGAGAAAAAUCGGGAGUAUCUGCUGAAGUCUAUGCCCGUGCCAGCGGAUCGGCCGUUGCUGGACGAGUAUUUCUCAGAUUCAACCUGA